AUGAACGUGCCAAUAGCCCUCGCAACUUUGCGCAACGCAUCGCUUGAUACUCUUCAACAAUAUACUUCGGAUACAUUAUCAACACUGGAGGAAGUGCGAAGUCGACUGAGACUUCCUCAAUGCGAGACAUUCCAGGCCGAUGACCGUCUUCUAUGUCGUAAUUGCAAGCUGAAUCCUCCAGUUGCAAAUGCGCAGAAAUGUCAAUCACCGGCUACCAAAAAGACCCCGUCUCGAAUUACAGAUCUUUUCAGAGCCUUGAAGACAGCGAUCCCUUCUGUGCAGGAGGUCUUCGACAUGAAUAGAGACACGAACCUGCAUGAAACCCAACAGCGGUACAGGCAGGACAGAAGAGUCAAUGAUAUUCUACGAGCUGCAAACAACGAGAAGAAAGCGACCCCUUUCGAUAAACUGAUGAGAAGCGCUGCACAGCGUUCACUGGCAAUGCAGUAUUCGAAAGAUCAAUCCGAAUCUCGUGUUGAAAAGCUGUGCAAUAUCUUGUCCAGUCAGCAUUCUUCACAGAAGUCAAGAAUUCGCGUCGGGCGAUCGGGACGUGUCAUUACUUGGGUGAGACGAAAUCUAAACUUCGGGGAAGAGAAAGAUUCUGAAAUCGCCGAAUAUACCCUCAUCGGCGUAAAGCAACUGGUGCUCGAAAAUCUGCUUCAGAAAAAGCUUCAGUCAAAAAACCACACGACGACGAGAGCGUCUGGAGUUUGUGCCCUCAUUGCAUUAGCAACGAGGUCCUUCGCACACCUCAGUGUGGGUGAAAUACCGGCGUUUAUUGAGCACAUUCUCAAUGCCGAAAGUGCUCAACCAGCGUCAACGCCGGAGGGGUGCACACCAAGCUUCUUAGAUGGGAUUAGCGGUCUCUCCCAACGAAUUGAAAACUUCUUGGGCAAUUAUGACCGAGAUCUUGCAACCAGGAGCAAGCAAAGCCAAGGAUCUGCGCUGCUUGCGUCAGAAAGUUGGCUCCAAACAUCGUCUUAUCCUUCGCCAGAAAAUGCGUCUGCCGGCAACCAAAGAGACAUGCGACUGAAUAAGCAGGCUUCGGACAGAUGCACUACCUUCUCGCCCGGGGUACAGAUUGCUGAGAGCAGAAAUGCUGAGAUACUGUCGCCUGCAAUCUCCAGAUCAGCGCUCGACUGCGAAGACAUUUCGAGAAGUGCAUCGUUGACAGACAGAGACUCAAUUCACACUUCAUUGUCAAGUACCGUUUUAAUGGCUGAUCGAAACUCGGAACACACUGCAAAUCCGGACCUGCAGGAAACACAGCAUACCGGGCCAGCCAUUCUUCAAUCAACAUCUGACCUGGAUUCGGUUGGUGCAAAUCAAAGAAAGAGGAAACAUAAUUCCUUUGCGCAGAGGGCUGAAGAUUCAAGGACAGAUGAAGGGGAGAGGACAACACAACUCUCACAGAAGAUGCCGAAAUUGGGUAUGCCUGGUGCUACAAAUGAAGAGAACGCAGAUUCUGCGGACAUGGUUAUGCAGGAACCGUCCGGGUUCUACGAAGCUGUACAAGAGGGUCUACAGACAGACAUGAACAAUAUGGGCUACCCGUAUUGGUCAACUGUGUUAUGUGGUGAACCUCAGGAACACAUAUCCAGUGCAGAUUGGUUACACUCGUCGAUCGAAUUCGGCGAUGCCGCUUUUUCAGACUCCGCUUCAAGAAUACCGACCACAGAGUCGUAUUUAGGCGGUCGGACAAACAUCCAUGCGGUCGAGUUAGACAACACAUUGAGCACAAUGUUCGACCUUACAUUCGGAUCAGACAAGCUACCGAACCCUUUAUUGUGGCACUUUGUCUCAUUUCGCUAA